AUGGAUCUACCUUCAUCCCAUUCUUGGUUUCAGCCUUCGUCGCUUUCUCAUCGUCCCUCUCCUCCUCAGAACCCUUGCUACACAUAUUCAUACGGCCAGAAUUCUUUACCGGAGUCAUACUCGGCCUACUUUCACGAUGCUACGACCCACAGCACUGCUGAUAACGCAAACCUAUACUCGCAGCCACAAUCCAAUAAUGAUCAUUUCAUUGAGGAAUGGGAGGCUUCACAGCACGGGUCUUCUGUUCUUGAUUUCCUUCCCAACAGCGAAAAUAUGCAGCGCGCCAGCUCGUUAUACAGUUACAAGAUGGGCGACGACCAGCAGCUCCCAGUGCGCCAGGAGAACUUGGACGAGAACUCGCUGCGCCUAAAUGGCAACCUCAAGCAUAGUAGCAGUCGCCGCAGCAUGAGGGCUAGCAUCGUCAAGAGUCUCUCCCCGCAAUCCACAUCGGAUCCUGAUGAGGCGCACAGCGCUUUCCACUGUCCCGUUCCUACCUCUGGCAACCCGACCGACGCCCUCUCAAAUCGAUUGCAGAAUUGGAGAAAGAUGCUUAAGGACCUCAUUUCAUAUUUUAGUGAGAUUCAUCGUCACUAUGAGCAUCGUUCUAAUUCACUCCUAAAGCUUGCCAAUAUCUCUAACAACAUCUCCACACCACCAGGUUUCCUUCAAUCAGCUGGGAUUGAUGACGCGCUUCAAUCCCUGCGAGCUUACAACAAAAACGCCAUCCUCGACGCAAAAAGUGCCCAGGAAAUUGAGGAGAAUAUGAUUCUCACGCUUACUGGGUUACGAAAUGACCUUCUGCAGAAAAUCAAGGAAAUCAAGAACUUGUCGGGUGACUUCAAGACUUCGAUCGAAAAGGAGAUGGACUACACUCGCAAGGCCGUGAAAGCCCUUGGCGACGUAUUGGACCAGAAGGGGCUAGACGAAUCUUUCACGACUUGCCAGCAGGACCCUUACUUACUGCGGCUAGCCGUUGAUCGUCAAGUGGAGCGCCAGAUUGACGAGGAGAACUGCCUCCACCAGGCGUACCUCAACCUAGAAAAUACCUAUCAGGAGCUCGAGUCUAUGGUGGUUGGAGUGGUUCAAAAGGCCUACAGCGCCUAUGCUAGCAUUCUCAAGCGGGAUGCCGACAACACCUAUUGUCUCAUCCAGGAACUUCGAGAUGACCCCAUAUUCAUGCCUAAGGAUCAUGAAUGGAGGCACUUUGUCACCCAUAAUGAAGUAUUUGUGGACCCAAAUAUACCUCUCAGGACUGCAGAUCAGAUUCGUUAUCCCGGACAGCACUGCGAGGCUGCACGGGAGAUCCGGGCCGGAUUGCUGGAGCGCAAGAGCAAAUAUCUCAAGAAUUAUACAACCGGCUGGUAUGUACUUUCUGCCACGUAUCUCUACCAAUUCAAGUCGGCAGACAAGGCGAAAGCCCCCAUAAUAUCUUUAUACCUUCCAGAACAGGAAUUAGGCUCCCACUCGAACGGGGGAGGUUGCUCGAACAGGUUCAUCCUUAAGGGACGCAAAACUGGCGGGAUAUACCGCGGGCACACCUGGGUCUUUCGUGCCGAGAGCCACGACACAAUGAUGGCCUGGUAUGAGGAUAUCAAGGCACUCAUGGACAAGACACCGACAGAACGGAGCUAG